CGUCCACAGCUCUAGAAGUGCUGAGUUUGACUUAAGAGGACUCACGGGCUUUCUGCUUUACCGUCACCGAACCCCACAAGGCCAGUCAGGGAACCCGGAGUAUAAGUUGGACAUAAAGACUUGUGGAGGCUGGUAACAGCCAGCUCGUUACACAUAGGUUCGGGUAAAGGGCGUAUCGUAUCCAUCGCUGUGGAAAACUUUCUGCCUCCUCUCCAUCUGUGACCUGACCGAGAAAAGCCAUGGCCUCCGCAGCUAGCACCAGGAAGAUGGUAGAGAUAGCCACGUGCUCCAUGUGCAUGAACUUGAUGACUUUUCCCGUGAGCAUCCCCUGCGGGCACACCUACUGCCAGAUAUGCAUAAUAAGCUUCUACAACGAGCAGUGCAAGACCACGGCGUGCACGUCGGCAGCCUGUCCGCGCUGUGGGGGCCUAUUUAGUUUAGACAACUGCAGGUCCAACAAGGAGUUGCAGAACAUCAUUGAGGUCAUCAAGGAAAUGGAGAAGAAGGAUCAAGAGACACUGUGUGGGAAGCACGGAGAGAAGCUUGGCCUCUUCUGCGAAGACGAAGGGCAGCUCGUCUGCUGGCGCUGUGAGCGGGAAGCCCAGCACAAGGGACACACGGUGACCUUUGUGGAGGACGUCUGCCAGGACUACAGAGAAAAGCUCCAGAAAACUGUGACAAGAUUGGAAGCUCUCUAUGAUGAAUGCGCGGCUCAGAAGUCAUUGGUGGCGAUGCAAAUCAACCACUGGAAGGAGAAUAUAGAGAUGUGUAGGCAAAAGAUCAAGCAGGACUUCCAGCACGUGCAGGAUUUCCUGCUCGAAGAGGAGAAGUCUUACCUCUGGAGGCUGGAAACAGAAGAAAACCAGACGCUGAGCCGCCUGAGGGUCGGUGCGUUGAACCUGGAGGAGAAAAGCGACGAACUCAGAAGCUACAUUGAGGAACUGAAAGCAAAAUGUCAGGGCUCCCCGCAGAAAUUGUUACAGAAUGUGAGAGACACUUUGGACAGGAGUAGUGCUAUAAAGGUACCGACUCUUGAGAAGAUCCCCUUGGAGAUCCAUACAACCUGCGAGGUUUCGGAGCUUUACCUUGACGUGAGGCAAAUGCUAAAGCGCUGUGAAGUCAGUGUGACUCUGGAUCCAGACACAGCACAUCCUGAUCUUGUCCUAUCUGAGGAUCAGAGACAAGUGUCUCGUGGUGGAUGCUUCCAGGAGAACCUGGAGGCCUCCCCCAGGAGGUUCACUGCUUUCCCCUGUGUGCUGGGCUGUGAGGGCUUCACCUCCGGAAGGCACUACUUUGAAGUGGAUGUUGGAAGCGGGACGGCUUGGGAUGUGGGAAUCUGUAUGGAGACUGUGCAGAGGGGCGCCAACAUGAAGCAGGAGCCUGAGUUUGGAUUCUGGACCAUUAGGCUGUGCAAAGCCCACGACUAUGUAGCCCUCACUUCUACCCCAACACCCCUUAAUCCAAGUAAGCCACUUCACCUUGUGGGAAUUUUUCUAGAUUAUGAGGCUGGACUUGUAUCCUUUUACAACAUGACUGCUGGAUCCCACAUCUUCACCUUCCCCAAGGCUUCCUUCUCGCAUACUCUGAGGCCCUAUUUCCAGGUUUAUCAGCAUUCUCCUUUGUCCCUGGCUGCUUGUAACAAGUCCGCAAAGGAGGAGCAUCUCCAUGGUUUAAGCAACACAGAAAUCAUGUAAAUUAUGUAGAGAUCCCAUUAGUUUCCUUCGCUGCUACUCCUCUACCACCUAUAGCAAUGCCAAUCUUAGUGAUAUUUGACAAAUGUGCAUUUACUUAAUUGAUGGAAAGACUAAAAUACCACGAGUCUAGCUCCCAUGAAGGAAAGGAAAUAUAAUAGUGGUGAUUAUACAGUUUUCUCUCUUUCUCUUUCCCAAAGAUUCUGGGCUUUGAUAUUUAGUACUCCUUCGGGGAUGCCCAGUGGUUAAGAGUCCUGGGUUCCCCCCAUGUUGUUUGAUGCCAUGCAAACUCUUGUGUGAGGGAUGAAAGAAAAGUUGCCAUUGAAAUCAGACUAGUAGUAACUCUUCCAAUCAGCUGAUAAGUCGCUUAAUAAUGUAAACUGAAAACCUGGCUUGCUGUGCUGGACCUGGGAACUCAAGUAAAAUUUAAAGAAGCUGAACUAGACUGGGUUGGCUAGGAGAUCAGAUCAGAUGGAAAAUGAUUAUGAGAAAAAUGAAAUUUGAUAGGGGCUCAUUCUAGAAAAGAGAGAGUGAUCUUAUAGACUGUGCUAGAUAUCCAGCUAUUGGCAAAUGUUUUUAAAUCACAGAAAAUUGUUACUUCUGGAACGAAUAUCACUGUCUUUAUUAUGAUUCAGAUAUGAUGAAAUAAAUGUAUGUUAACUUAUUAUUAGGACUUUCUAUGAAAAUAAUAUUUCAAUCAAGGCUAAGAGGCCAUACAAGGGAGCUAAUGAUAUGAUUUUAAUGAAUCUAGUAAACUUAAUCAUAAUGCUGAUGAUUACCAAUGUCACAAAGUUGCUAAAUACUAGGAUAUAAAAACUGAUGUUUGUUUACUUUU